AUGUCGUGGAACAUGGUUUCAUCACUCUUGCGAAGCGUCGUCGCCGGACCCUCUCGUCUCGCCUCUGCUUCCGCCCCAGGCUUCUCCGCCCAACGAGCGUUCUCCACAUCCCAAUCAUGGUCUGUCACUCUGCAACAGACUCUCCGAGGAGCACGUAAACCACAUCGCCCUCCUGUGAACAAGGUCCCUGCGCUCGAAUCAAAGCCCUUCGUCAAGGGUGUCUGCAGCAAGAUCUUCACCACCAAGCCCAAAAAGCCCAACUCGGCCAUUCGCAAGGUCGCCCGUGUCAAACUCUCCAACGGCCGUCUCAUCACUGCCUACAUCCCUGGUGAGGGUCACAACCUGCAAGAGCACUCGGUGGUGCUCGUUCGAGGCGGCCGUGUACAGGACUGCCCCGGUAUCCGAUAUCAUCUGGUCAGAGGCGCCCAGGACCUCGCCGGUGUCGCAGGAAGACAGACUUCCAGGUCAAAGUACGGCGCAAAGAAGCCAAAGGCUGCUCCUUAG